GCACGCCGAUGACGUCGAGGGGGCGUGGCAGGCGGCAGCGGCGGCUCAGUCUGGAGUGGCGGUGCUGCCGGCGGCGGCGAGGAUGGGGGCGGCCCGGGAGGUCGAGCAGCAGCAGCAGCAGCAGGACGAGGAGGCCGGCGCCGAGCAGGAGGAGCUGGCGGGGGGCGCCGCUGGGGCCGCCGCCGCGAGCCCCUGGAACAUCAUGAUCAAGCACCGGCUGGUGCAGCGGCGAGGGCGGCGCUCGCAGAUGAUGACCAGCUUCACAGACCCCGUGGUUUCGAUGGACCUGCUACGAGCCGUUCUGCAGCCCAGCAUCAACGAGGAGAUCCAGACUGUCUUCAGCAAAUACAUGAAGUUUUUCCAGAAGGCCGCAGGAAAUGUGCGGGAGAAUGUCGGGGAGGAUGUAGAUACAGAGCAGCUCAUCCAAGAGACGUGUCGCAGCUGCCUGGAGCAGGCCAAACUCCUCUUCUGUGAUGGCAAGAAGUCUGCUGUGAGGCUGCCCCAUGAAGUGCCCGUGAUGAAGCGUGCCCGGCCAAUGGAGGAGGAGCUGAGCCAACAAGGGAGCCCCAUCCCCAGAAAGAGGAAGGGGCGGCCUCCAGGCCAGAGCCAGACGAAUGAGCGAGGGGCUUUGGGUGCCAGUGCGGGGAAGAGCAAGUCCUGUGAGCCCGUGCAGAGGGACGGUCCCAAGUGGGACCCUUUGCGGAUCACGGAAUCCAGUGCCUUUGUCCUUGGCUCCAGAGCAAACAAAGCCCUUGGGAUGGGAGGAACCAGAGGCAGACUCUACAUCAAGCACCCCCACCUCUUCAAGUAUGCUGCUGAUCCUCAAGACAAGCAUUGGCUGGCUGAGCAGCAGCACAUGAGGGCCACUGGGGGCAAGAUGGCCUACCUCCUCCUGGAAGAGGAUAUCCAGGACCUGGCUGCCAGUGACGAGUACAGGGGAUCCCUGGACCUGAAGCUGGAUGAGUUGAAGCCCUUUGUUCCUCCCCCCUGGAUGACCAGCAAGAUGCGGAAGUACAUGGAGGUCCUCCGGGGGGAAAGGGAGCAGCCGCCGCCACCGCAGCCGCCAGAGGGGGCUCACGACACCUAGGGCCCUGCAGCCGGACCCUGGGCAGGGUGGGUGGCAGCACGCCGGUCGCGAGGGCAGCAGGAGAGAGAAACCCUGUGGCCGGGGGGCAGAGCCCCCUUCCCCGAGUGCCCCUGCUUGCAGCUUGCUCUUCCUUUCGGAAAAGGCUAGAAAUAAAUGCCUCUGCUUGAA